GGGGUUAUUUUCUCCAGUGAAAUUUUCAAAAUGUGUAUACUGACUAAUUUUUGAUCCAAUUGUUUUUCAGCAUUCAACAUUGUUACAUAAAUGCACGGCACGUGACAUCACUAACAAGAAAAAAAAACUUUUAUUGUGACUGACGAGAUUUUUCAUUUAUGUAGUAGUUAAGUUCGGUUGCAAAUUUCAACACAUUCAUCUCGGCUUUUCUAAAUAGGGUUAAUCCUCUUGUUAGUUCCCUUUUAUAUGUUUCAAAAAGGUUAUCUUUUUCUUGGUUACCUUUUUCCGAUAAUUCAUUUAGUAGAUUCAUCAUUAGCUUUAUGUCACGCGUAGUAAUCGGAAGGUGAUUGCGAAUAUUUGUUUCCAAUAAGAAUACACCUCCAAAUAUUAAAUUGCUGCCACAUUUUUGAUAUUGCUGACAGAUUCUAAGACCAUACACAUCAGAAUCAAAAAAACCUAUGGUCAAGCUAGAAAAUGAUUCUGUAAGCCAAGCUAGAAACCUCAUUGUUAAUCGGUCGGGGAAACCCUUUCCAGUAAUCACAACAAAGUUUUGAAAUGUAUUGUGUGAUUUCAAAUACUGGCAAAAAGAUUGAAAUACUGCAUCUUUCUCUAUUACUAUUAUUAGUAACUUUUGGUUAUCUGUGAUUUCCUUACUAAAAAGGUGUUGGUAAUUAACUGGGAUUAAAAUCGGCUCUGUUGUAUGCAAACUAUUGUUCCAAUCUGCGUACAUCAUUCCCUUUUGAGAGGGCCGAAUAUUCAAAUCUUUCUCAAGAGACCAUUGUAGAGAGUCUUCGACUAUAAGUUCAAGCAAUCUGGUGCAAUUGGUCUGAUUUCUACUGAAUAGCUCCACGUCAUGGUAGUAAAUAUCUCUUACCGUUGUGUGGUUUCCAUUCUUUGCAUGCUGAUAUAGUAUUCUAAUGGUUUUAACAAGGGCAGCAAAUUUCUGUAUUUCUGCUAUGUUGGAAGAAAAUUGGGUAUAUGUUUGUGUCUUUCUAUAUUGGGUUUUUGAUGAUGGAUUAGAUUGUGUUUUGUAAAGAACUAUAGUAACAGGUUGAUAGUUACUAAUAUUUUGAUGAAUUUGCUGCCAAAUUUGUUCCAAAAUUUCCAACUUGGUUCUACAAGUUUGUUAAUAGGUGAACAAUACAAUAAACACUCAAUUAUAUCUACAUACUUUGUAUUGCUAUCAAUAAUAUAGAUGCAACUCAUGGUUGUUUCGACUUUUGUGGUGUGUUUGAUGUGAUACGAUUCACCUUGAAAUCAUGUUCUCAAAAUUUACAACAAAAAAAUAUCUCACUGUUUACCUAGGGUUCACUAGAAAAUAUUUCAUAAAAUGAUAAAAGCAUUAAAGUUUCGUCAUACCUGUAAACAUUUACCAAUUUGCCUUGUUAAAUCAACAUUAAUUUAAGAUUUAUUUGUGUGUGUGUGUGUGGUGUGUGACGUAGAAUAGAAUAAGAAGCGGAACACAGCCCGGAUCUUAAAUCCGUUAUAUCCGAUCUAAGCCCCAUGAUGCAAUUGAAUCAGUACCAGAUAACCAAGAUCAAUGAUAAUCAUUACGUAGUUUUAAACUUUGUUCAAUUUCUUCCCUUGCUUCUCGCUUCUCUUUAGUUUCAGUAUAUAAAGUUCUAUGGUUUGAAGAUAGAAAGUAUGAAAUAUACCAAUAGCCUAUAAUUACACCAGUUUCAUAGUGUAUUUGGUUCACGUGAUUUUCUUGGAAAAGUUUAGCCAUUCAUACAAACGAGGCUUCAGAAAUACUGAAUAAGAAAAAGGAAAAAGAAAGAAAAAAAAUAAACUAGAAAAACAGCAGAAAUUUCCCAACAACCACAUUUUUGUUUAUCAUUCUUUUCUUGGUAACAGUUUUGAUUUCAUCAGAUUUAUCACAUUAUACUUAAUUUAAAAAACAACAAAUUGAAGCAAAUUGCUAAAUGAGUAUUGUAAAUUAUGAAGUAAUAGGGGGGUCAUUAGUUAAACGUGACAAUUUAGACGGGUUGGCUAUUACAGGGGCGACUCGGUGGGCCUUUUUCGCAAUCUUUAUUGUGAUUAUAGCUAUAGUAUUGCUUGGAACCAUGAGAAUAAACAAACGAAGGGCGCGCCAAGGUGCACAACCCAUAUAUGGAACUAGCUGGAUGACACCCCCUUCAUAUAGACAAUCUCAGAAUCAAUAUCAACAGCCAGAUCAUUUAAGAGACCCCGACUUGCCAGGUGCUUAUGUUCCCGCAUAUACAGCCACGGCCAAUGAAUAUGACAUGGGAUACUAUGACAAUACUGGUCAAUACCAUCCUAAUCCAAAUGCAAAAGCACCUAUACCUCAUCCACCCGAAUCUCAUCAAAGAGUGCCUAGCACAGUUGGUGCUGGCGCAGCCACUACUUUACCUACAACUUUACAAGGCUCCAAUGACAAUGAUUCUAAUGAAAGUAUAGGUGAUUUAUAUAGAGCACCAAAUGGUCCACCACCUGGAGUAGUUGCCAAUGGUGACACCAACGUUGGAAAUGAUCAAUCAAAUGAAUUCAACCCUCCUCUUGGGCCACCUCCACAGAGCAGUGACUUAGUUAUUGAAGGUUCGUCAACAUCUGCUUCCAGUCAAGGAGAGAACCACUUAUCAUCAUCUGAAAACUUCAAGUCAUCAAAAUCAUAAACAUAGCACAAUUCUAGGUUCAGGUCGACUUUCGGUUUCAAAAAAGUGCUCUUAAUUUGUUUUUUUAAUUUUUCAUUUAUUUCAUUAUUAUUACUUUAGUUUUGUUGUUAUCUUUCUCGAAUUUGGAUACAACUUUCAAAGUAUCUGUUGAGAUCUGAACCAAGUCAUAGAAAAACUUACCAAGUUGCUUUAUCUGGUUAUAGUAUAAAAUGCACAUAGAUUACCAUUAAUUUGCAUUUUUUUUUUCCUGGUAAGAUCAAAUGGUGUUCCGAACUUUUUUUUUAAAAAAAAAUAAAACAAAUAAAAUUAAAGUCAAUAAAUUAUGCAUUAGUUCAAAAGCUUGUAAUUUAAUAAAUUGAUCGACUAAGAGAUUAUAUUCUGCCCGAUACGCAAUAAUAUAAGAAAUAAAAUAAUGUUAUUUUAUUCUUAAUGUCGUAGCGAUAGAUCUAGGAAUGCUUUACUAUAUAGAUCAUACGGAAUAUGUAUUCACCAUUGUUGUUUAGUCAUAUGACUGAUAUUGAGUUUACUUCAGUUUAUUCUAUAGUGUAACUUUUUUUUUAUUUUCUUAAUCCUAUAGAAUGGUGGUUUGACCCCGAUUCUUCGUAUCGAGAUAAUAUUCGACUAAACUACGAAUAUAAGGAAAACGACUAUAAUAAAGGAUAGAAUUUUGUGACCUGAAAGUCAACUCUAGUAAUUUACACUUAUAAUUGCUUUCUAGUUUAAUCUUAAAUGUAUUUAUUUCUCAGGCUAAUUUCCAUAAGGAAGAAUAUAUAAAUUAUAAAAUUGGGGAGAUAAUUGACUAGUUUACAGUAUUAACUAAGCGAGUUUAAUUCGUCAAUCAAUCCAAUUUUAAAGUAUAAUACCCCAUGUUCUCACACAUAUUAUGAUUAUGAACAUUCUUUUUUCAUAAGGUUAAAUAAUCCUUGGUAUAAUUCCAAAUCGGUGUUGUGGGGUAUUAGUAAACAAGUUAUUUGUCAUGACUAUAUGACAACCUUAUUUUUUUCUUUUUGCAUCUUGUCUGGGCAGUCAAGAUGAUUUUAGAUACAACAACGAGCAAGGUGGUCUGAUUAUUUAUAUCAACCGUUAUAUAAAUGGGGUAGAUUUUUCAUUCAUUUGAUGCUUUCGAUAUGAUUUUGAAUAGACAACUAUAAAAGAAAACUUAAGGAAUGCUCAAACUUUUGCUAUUACAGUGGGUUUUAUGUGGAACAGCAUUUGCAGCUGUGUCACCGGGAUAUUUUAGUUUAGAAAUACGUACGAGUCAUGUCUCCAAAAAUGGGUUUGGAAAAAGAGAUGCUGUAGAUAUUUCCUUAAAAGACGACAAGCAAUCCCUGAUGUUGACUGAACUUCAAAUCGGUUCAAACAGAGAUAAAGUUGAAGUAGUUGUUGACACAGGUUCAAGCGUAUUAUGGGUCAUGGAUCCUGAUGUUGAGUGUAAGACAAGCCCACUUACCGGCAAAGUCACAGAUUGUAAGGCUCAUGGAACAUUUUCAUUUCAGGGGUCUGAAACUUUCAAUAAAACAGAGGAACCAUUUCACAUGGAAUACGAAGAUAAAGAAUCUGCAGAUGGAUUUUAUGUUAAAGAUGACAUUUCUCUUGGUAAUGAUGUCGAUAUUAAAGGGUUUGGUUUUGGACUCGCUAAUGGAACUUCGCUGGAUUUCGGAAUCUUAGGGAUAAGGAUAAGUUUCCCAGAGGCAAAUUCGACUGGCCAGUCUCUUCCUGUGGAAUUGACAAAUCAGGGGAUAACUAAUAGAAGUGCAUACUCAAUAUUCUUGAAUAAACCUAAUAAAAAAGGAUCAGUUCUAUUUGGAGCAGUUGAUCAUUCGAAAUAUUUAGGUGACUUACAAACGGUUCCCAUUGUAUAUGACGAAACUGAGCCACAUAUUAAAGUAAAUGUUUCGGGAAUAGAUAUCAACAUGAAUGGUACCAAAGUGUCUGGAGGUAUUUCUGAAUCAGCAUUUCUUUUGGAUACAGGAACAGCUAUAUCACGAUUCCCCAAGCUGUUUUCAGAUACAUUGCUUGAACGAAUAGAAGGAUCUGAAUAUGAAGAUUCUGUAAGCUUCUUUGGUUCUCUUGAUUGCUCUCAAAUAGAAAAUCUAAAGUUUGAGAUUAAGUUUGAUGGUAAGACAAUCACAGUUCCGGUAAAAGACUUGGUUUAUAAGAAAGUACAUAAUAGCACAGAUGAAGGAUGUGGUUUUAUGAUCAAAUUUGAGGAUGAUAACGAUGACUUAAUUUUGGGAAUGGAUGUAUUAAGAAGCAUAUAUUUCGUGGUUGAUUUAGACGACAAGGAAGUAUCCUUAGCACAGACAGAUUUCAGUAACGGAAAGCAAGAUAUUGAGGCAUUCCCACCUCCUGGUGUGAACAGAACCUUAGCUUCCAGAGGAAGAUCUGAAGAGAAAGUAUCCUCAGCCAACUCGAUCGUUUCUUCCAUCGACGUUUUACUCUGUUUAGCUAUUUCCUUAACCUGGCUACUUUAAUGUGAUUGUACCCAAUCAAAUUUUUACAUAUUUGUUUUAUGAAUUAACAAUUACUUUAAUUUUCUUUGAAUCUAUUUGUAGAAGUAUUGAACAAGUUGGAGCGAAGAACAUUAUUGAUGGUUGGCCAAAAUGGAAAACUUAUAGAGAUAUUUAUUUGCCCUUUGAUGCCGAAAUACUUGCAGUAUUUCUGUGUAUUGUUCAUUUAGUCAAAGCCAUAAUUCUUUUAUAAGGGUUAAGAUUGGAAUUUAGUAUUAAAUUCGAUAUACUGCAUAUUUGAAAACAUGAUACUAUUUAG